CACACACACACACACACACACACACACACACACACACACACACACACACACACACUACAGUCUCCUGUUGCAGUGUCUCGUCUCUCAGAUGUUCGAAGGCGUUGACUGCAGGCUUCAUGACCAUCUUUAAGAUGUCGUGGCAGUCUCCAUACCAUGGCUCAAAGUUCCGUCAUGUUUACGGAAAACCAGCGGGUAAGGGCCAGAGUUAUGACGGCCUGUUAAUCACCCGUGGUGUCCAUGACAACCACUGUUGUGCCAUCAACCCACGCUUCAUGGCGGUGGUUACUGAGUGCGCUGGGGGCGGAGCCUUCAUCAUCAUCUCCAUUCGUCAAAAAGGCCGUGUGGACCCUCAUCACCCCCGUGUAUGUGGACACAGCGCCCGGGUUCUGGAUGUUAAGUGGGAUCCAUUUGAUGACCAGCGUAUAGCUUCCUGUUCUGAAGACUGCACGGUUAAAGUGUGGCAGAUUCCCAGUAACGGAUUGAAGGAAAAUCUGAUCAAACCACAGAAGGAGUUGUUAGGCCAUGUCCGGAGGGUGGGGCUUAUCGAGUGGCAUCCAACCGCGAAGGACAUCUUGUUAAGCUCUGCCUAUGAUUAUAAGGUGUGUGUGUGGUGUGUGGACGAUGUGGGCGUGGCAGUAGUGAAGACACCAGUGUGUGUGAUACACACACACACUGACCUGGUGACGAGUGUGAGCUUCAGUGAGGACGGCAGCAGAAUCGCUACGACAUGCAGAGACAGACAAGUCCGAGUCCUCGAGCCACGCACAGGACACACACUUCAGGAGUCAUAUAAUGAGUCUCAUAAGGCCUUCAAGGUUCUGUUCCUGUCCAACCGGAACCUGCUGCUCACAACUGGAACCUCCAAGUGGAACCAGAGACAGUUCGCCCUGUGGGACCCGGAUGAUUUAUCUGAGCCGUUGUUAGAGGAGGAUGUUGAUGGAGGUUCUGGAGUUCUCUUUCCAUUUUAUGACCCUGACACAUACAUGCUUUACCUGGCUGGCAAGGGAGAUGGUAAUAUUCGGUACUAUGAGGUGAGUGUGGAGAAACCGUACAUACACUUCCUGGCAGAAUAUCGUUCUCCACUACCACACAAGGGCCUGGGUGUGAUGCCGAAGCGAGGUUUAGACUCCUCGCAGUGUGAAGUAUUUCGUUUUUAUCGCCUAAUUACGGUUAAAGACCUCGUGGAACCGUUGUCCUUUAUCGUCCCACGGAAGUCUGAGGACUUUCAGGAGGACAUUUAUCCGAUGACGGCGAGCAACGAGGCGGCCAUGAUGGCUCAAGAAUGGCUCAUGGGGCAAAACAAAGGCCCGGUGCUGGUGUCUCUGAGGCCUGUGACCAAAGUGCAGAACCCGUACCCAGCUCCAGAGCAGGACGCUGAGCUCCAGCGCUCGGCCUGCAGCCUGGACUGCAGAGCAGAGAAACUGGCCAAUCAGAAAGCAGGUUAUGAGAUAGGUGACCUAUCAGAAUGGCAGGAUGAUGAGACUCAGUGGAACAGCUGGAGAGACUCACACUGUGGGGUUCGGUGGUGUGACUCAGUGGCGUACACACCACCGGCCGCAGAGAAAGAGCUGCUGAAUGUGUUUUAUAAGCAGCAGGAAGAGAUCAGAUCUCUUAGGCAGCAGCUCCAUCAGAGAGACAGCAGGAUUCAGCAGCUGGAGCUUGAGAUCAAGAACAUACGCAAUCAGCUGAGAGCCACGUUCUGAUCCCGGCCAAUUAAAACACACAGAGAACCAAUGUACCAGAGAACCAGAGACUGACUCACUGAACAGAGAACCAUGUGACGAUGUGAUUCACUGACAGAGUCAAAAAGAACUGAGGAACAAGAAAAGUACAGAUCAUCAGAAUUUUCCUGACCACUCGGCAGCCAUCUUGGUUAUUUUUUCUCCUACAAGAUAAUUUCAUGUCGCAGUCAGAUUAGUUAGCAUAUAUGAACUGUUUGCUAAACACAUUUUUAAUAAACUAACAGCUUAAUUUACAACAUCAGUAUAUUUGUCUAUGAAAGAAAAUGUAAAAAAGACUUUUGACACAGUUGAGAAAAGUUUAUUUCAUAAAACAUCACUAUAAACAUCAUCAGGUGACAAACAUGCAUUGAUUUGUCUGGACUAAAAAGUAGAAAAUUUUUAUCAAAAUUACAGUACAGUGAUUUUCCGACUUCACAAAUCCACUGACGCGUCUAAUCUGGCAUGACUCUAAACGAAUGAAUUUGAUCUUAAUGUAUGGUAUUGCUUUUAACGUUUUUGUUCAUUACACACAAACGCAACACAAAGUUUGUGCAAAGUUGCUGCUCGUGAAUCCAUCCUGAAAACCACAACUAAUCGUGCGAUUGACUGAAGUUUAACAAUAUCUCCAUGUUUGGUGGUCAGGUGAUAUCUGCUACAUCGUUUUGAUGAACUACUGAAGACUCUGUGUGAUUCCUCUAAAUAACCCAUUUGACCUUUUUUAAAAUGAUUAUUAUUAUUUUAAAAUUUCUCCUGGAGCAAAUCUGUAAACAAAAUCAUUCUGGUCAAACAGAACCAAAUUGUCUUAUUGUACAUUGUUCAGGUCCUUGGUUCAAAAGAUCUGUUGUGCUUGUGAAUUGAAUUAUGUUUAAUUGAUAAAAGUAUUACAAUAUGAAAGUUGUUGGG